AUGACGAAACCGGAGGAAGGGUGGGGGGAGAAACAGAAGCGCGCAUGCGCGGUCCGGCCGGGGAGGCGGGGAAGGAGCCGACGAUGCCGCCUCCGCCGCUCCGCUCCGCUCCAUCAUGGCAGUCGCAGCCCCAGCGAGGACCGGAGCCCCGGGAGCUGCGGCGCCUGCGGCAGCUGCAGCCGUUGCAUUAGGGGCGAGGCGCGGAGCAGGCGCGGGAGUUGCAGCUGCAGCGGUUGCAUUAGGGGGAAGGAGCGGAGCAGGCUCCGGAGCUGCAGCGGUUGCAUUAGGGGGAAGGAGCGGAGCAGGCUCGGGAGCUGCAGCGGUUGCAUUAGGGGCAAGGAGCGGAGCAGGCUCCGGAGCUGCAGCGGUUGCAUUAGGGGGAAGGAGCGGAGGAGGCUCGGGACCUGCAGCGGUUGCAUUAGGGGGAACGAGCGGAGCAGGCUCGGGACCUGCAGCCGCAGCGGUUGCAUUAGGGGGAAGGAGUGGAGCAGGCUCUGGACCUGCAGCCGCAGCGGUUGCAUUAGGGGGAAGGAGUGGAGCAGGCUCGGGACCUGCACCGGUUGCAUUAGGGGCAAGGAGCGGAGCAGGCUCGGGACGUGCAGGGGUUGCAUUAGGGGGAACGAGCGGAGCAGGCUCGGGACCAGCAGCGGUUGCAUUAGGGGGAACGAGCGGAGCAGGUUCGGGAGCAGCAGCGGUUGCAAUAGGGGGAACGAGCGGAGCAGGUUCGGGACCUGCAGUGGUUGCAUUAGGGGGAAGGAGCGGGGCAGGCUCGGGACUUACAGCUGCAGAGGUUGCAUUGGGGGGAAAGAGCGGCGGAGGCUCGGGACCUGCAGUGGUUGCAUUAGGGGGAAGGAGCGGGGCAGGCUCGGGACUUACAGCUGCAGUGGUUGCAUUGGAGGGAAAGAGCGGAGGAGGCUCGGGACCUGCAGCGGUUGCAUUAGGGGGAAGGAGCGGAGCAGGCUCGGGACCGGCAGCCGCGGCGGUUGCAUUAGGGGGAAGGAGCGGAGCAGGCUCGGGACCUGCAGCGGUUGCAUUAGGGGGAAAGAGCGAAGGAGGCGCAGGAGCUGCAGCGGUUGCAUUAGGGGGAAGGAGUGGAGCAGGCUCGGGACCUGCAGCGGUUGCAUUAGGGGGAAAGAGCGAAGGAGGCGCAGGAGCUGCAGCUGUUGCAUUAGGGGGAAAGAGCGGAGGAGGCCCGGGACCUACAGCAGAAAGGACCGGAGCUGCAGGAGCAGCAGUCGCAACUGCAACGAUCGGAGGCUCCGUUGCAGCAGCUCGGGCUGCUUGAGGUCAUCGGAGGGAACACCACCGGCACGCACUCGAUUGUAGUGGUUG